UCCCAGCAGAAGAGCUUGACGAACGGGGGACGAUAGAAGAGGGUCCUCCGGCCGAAAUCUGCUUGGAAAAGAUCCUGAGGCAAUUCGGCAGGGAUCGGGAUGAAGCUCUCUGUCUGUGUCUUCACAACCGAACCGCCGAGGCAGCAGAGAUAAUAUUAGGAUUUCUCCUCUGGGUUACUAGUGAUGCAGUAGUGCGCGGUAUGUCUCAAGGUUUAUCGCUUAUAUGUUUUGUUUUGCCCUGUUUCACUGACCAUGGGCUCACGCCGUUUCUAUCAGGCAUUCUGUACGACGACGCUGCGGUUCAUCCUAGGCAACUCAGGCUCUGGAGCGAGUUCAAUAUCUGCUGUCUUGCAGUCUGGCAGAAGCAGAAGGAUUUGACCCGGGCUUCGAUGACGGCGAACAUUCCUCUUCCCGACCCAUGUCUGAGCAUUUCACAAAUAGAAACAUUUGGUGAGGAGCUGAUUGCUAUCUGUGACAGGAUAGAAAAGCAUGGACUAGUGGACUAUGAGGUCGGGGUCUGGGAAGAAGAGAUUCUCUCUAGUAAGGUCACCCGUCAGGUUAUACGCUGCCUGCGUUGCUGACCUUGCCGUAGUCGUUCAUCAGUGUUGGUCGUUAAGUCAGACGCUUUCGACACGGUUGCGG